UUGUAUUUAAUAAAUAGGAAUAAUAGUACCCUUAUCUUCAUUCUUGAAACCCUUUCAAGACCUACCCAUUCACCACAAACCCUUCUAAACCCCUUCCAUCCUCUUCUCCUCUCUAUCUCUACGAUUUCUGCAAAUACAAUGGCUUUUGCAGCUAAUACUGCGUUGAUUUCAAGCCCGACGCUCUUCACUCCAUCAAAAAUCUCAUAUUCUCACCCUUAUCUCUCCAUUCCGUAUAAACCCGCGAAAUUCCAGCUUUACUGCAAGCCCAUAUCCUCACUUUCUCUCACUUCUCUAUUCUAUAUCGGAAGGAAGGAGAAAAGCGUUGUGUCGGCUCUAGGUGACGAUGUUCCUGCAGUUCUUGAAGGAAUUGAGGGGAAUUUGAGCUGGGAUGCGGCUGUGACUGAUGAAAGUGGAGUCGAAGGAGAAGAGAGUGAGGGGGGGUUCGUCGUCGAGCCGCCGGAGGGGGCGAAGGUGUAUGUAGGGAAUUUGCCUUUUGAUGUUGAUAGUGAGAGAUUGGGUCAUCUCUUUGAGCAGGCUGGAGUUGUUGAGAUUGCUGAGGUUAUCUAUGAUAGGAUGACUGGUAACAGCCGAGGGUUUGGUUUUGUGACAAUGAGCACCGUGGAAGAGGCUGAGAAGGCUGUGGAAUUGUUCAGUCGUUAUGAUUUGGAUGGCCGGUUCUUGACUGUUAACAUUGCUGCUCCUAAAGGAUCACGGCCAGAACGUGCUCCUAGAGAGCCUGGUCACAGAAUAUAUGUUGGCAACCUUCCGUGGACUGUGGAUAGCGACCGUCUUGAGGAGCUUUUCAGUGAGCAUGGUGUAGUUGUUAGUGCCCGUGUAGUCUCUGACAGGGAAACUGGAAGAUCGCGUGGUUUUGGCUUUGUAGAGAUGUCAACUGAGUCUGAGAUGAAUGAUGCCAUUUCCAGCCUUGAUGGAGAGACUUUGGACGGAAGGCCAAUCAAAGUAAAUGCAGCCUUAGAAAGGCAAACUCGUGGCAGGUUUUGAUCGCUACAAGAACUAAGCAAGUAGUUUGUGUUACAUGCCUUUUUUGUGAUGGGAUUUUGAGUUUGUCAUAUUCGACUAUCAAAUAGGUUCGAGUCCUGUCGACGGCCCGGAAGUUUAUUUUACUUGUCCAGUUUUCCUGUCUUAUGUAGUGCUACCUUGAAUUUGAAGAACAGUUACAAAAAAAGCUCGUCCAUUUAUCAUAUAUUGUUAAGCAGUCAGAUUAUGUUAA